AUGAACAAGAAAGAAAGUAAGCCCUUAUGGCAAAAAAGAAUUGAGUUCAGAAUCCAAGAUCUGAGGAGGAACCUUUCAGUACUAGCUAACUUCAAAAUAACGAGCAAGGAAAAAGGACAACAGACAACCCACAAAGUCCAGUCAAUCCUGGAUAAAUACACCGCGGAAGGAAAAGAAAGCAGUAUAGACAAUGUAAUGGAGCAACUGAGGCAACGUAUUGCUGUCUUUAGCCAAAGAAUAAGAAGAUACCAGAAAAGAUCAAAUCAAUUCUCUCACAACAGAAGCUUCGAAACCAACUGCAAAAGCUUCUACAGGAACAUCAAAGGUGACUCCUCCGACAUCGAUGAAACCCCAGAGAAAGAAAAGGUGGAAGAGUUCUGGAAAGGAAUCUACGAAGUCCCUACACAGCACAACUCCGAGGCUGGGUGGAUCAAAGACUCAGAGGUCACGAACAACAAAAUGGAAUGGACAGAUCUCGGUGAUGAUAAACUGAUAACUACCAUAAAAAAUCUUGCAAACUGGAAAGCACCCGGCCCAGAUAAGAUACAAAGCUUCUGGUUCAAAAAAAUCCCUAGCAUCCAUAAGUACCUAACAGCCGAGUACAAUAAAUUACUGAACGGGAAAGAAUUCCCACCAUGGUUAGCCAAAGGGACUACAUAUCUGAUAGCAAAGAAUAGAGAAACGGCAAAUCCCAAAAACUGUAGGCCCAUAACCUGCCUCAACAUAACGUAUAGGAUCUUCACGGCACUUAUGUCCCCGAAAAACGUACAAAUACCUAGAAAGUGCCAAACUACUCCCGAUAGAGCAGAAGGGGUGCCGCAAAGGAGCUAA